GCUCCCCGGUCUAACAACACAGCCAAAGCUAGAGCUAUAGCACUAAGGAUGAAGGCAUUGCAAAUGAAAAGAGGUCAAAAGAUCGUGUCAAAACCAGCUGUUGAACAUAUGCAGGAUGUACCACUAAAAUCUACCUUCGCUCAGCAAGAUGCAGCCCCUAAUAAAGCUGCAACCCCCAAGAAAGCUCAAGCGACAUCAAGAAAAACAAUGUUGACACUUGCUCACUCUAACAAAUCUGCAUCCCCAAAGAGAAGUGUAUCCAAGCAAGCUGGUAAGUCCAAGAAGGCAGCAUAUGCACGUAAUGUUGGAAAGAGCAAGGCCCUUGAUGAAGAGGACAACCUAACCGGUGGACUACAGUUACUUAAGCGUGGGAUGGUAACGAUGAAUCGCAUUUCAAGGCGACUUAUUCGUGGAAAGAGGCUGAAAGUUGAGUGUAAUGCUCAAGGGGAACCAAUUGGAAAGGCAGCUAAGGAGAUGCAGUCCUAUAUUGGGGUAUUGGCACGUACAAGGAUCCCGAUAUCUAUAAAGGAUUGGAGAGAAGUGAAAUUAGAUGAGAAAGACAAAAUCUGGGAAAGUAUUGAGGAAGCAUUUGUGGUGCCUAAGGAGUGGAAGAAAUUGGUUAUUACAUCAGCCGCCAAUAAAUGGAGAGAAUUCAAGAGCAAGUUGACAAACUGGUACAUUAUGCCAUAUUUGGAUAACCCUGAACUGUUGGAGUUCCCUCCCGAUGAUUAUCGAUCCAUUGACCAGCGUGACUGGGAUAAGUUUGUUGCUGAUAGGACUACCACAAAAUUUAAGGAACUUCGCGAGGCACAAAUAAAAAAGCGAAAGGAGAAUAAGUACCCUCAUCGAAUGGCGCGAAAAGGAUAUGCUAAUCUUCAAGAAGAACUGUCUGAAACAAUACCGAUCGAAGAACUUGAUCGUGCGACAAUGUGGGUAAAGGCACGACAAGACAAGACCGGCAACUUCAACGGGCCGGAAGUCAAGAAGACAGUUGAAAAAAUUGACAAACUAAGGCAAAAAUUGUGUGAAGGUGAAGUGAAUUCUUCUGGAUCAGAUGAUAUUCUAACAUUGGCAUUGGGAAACCCCGAGGCCCCUGGCAGGGUACGAGGUGUUGGUGGCUUUGUCAAGCCGGCUGCUUACUUUAAUAUACCAAAACGCCGAAAGGAAUCUGUACAAGACACCUUGAGGGUGAGUGUGAAGAGGAUAUUAGCUGAAGAGAAAGAAACUAUCAUUGCCAAUGAAAGAGCUAAAUGGGAGCUGGAGAUGGAACAUCACAUUGCCAAGGAAAUAGCUGUUUGGGAGGAUAGGUUUAAGAAGUUGGAAGAAAAGGUUGCGAGGAAAGAGGUUGACAAUGAUUCAUUGAAAACGUUGACACCAUUGAAUGAUAUUGGUUCUGGACAAGGCAGCUGUUCCCGGCAAAAUGACAAGGGUAUGAAGGUUGGUCAAACUGAGCUUGCUAGAAAUGUCAAGAAGAAGUUAAUCUUGAACAAUGCUGCACAAGUGGAUGUUGAAGAGGAGACUGCUAUGCCGUUUCUGGAUAGUAAAUUGAGCAGCAAAUUUGCAUCGGUUAUUGAGGAUGAUGUUGGGAUAGUUGGUAGACCUCUCAUCAAGACUAAAUUCUGGGAAGAAGUUCCGAAAUCUCAGGUUAUGACCAAUACGGUCAAGUUGGAGUCUAAGCUAGCAAUAAAUUCAUUGGAUAAUGUAGUUGCUCUUGGAACCAUCGUUGAAGUUGAUAUUGAGGCCAGCAAACAAACAAUCCAUGGUGUUCCAAUGGGAGAGGAAAAUGUGCGCGUGUCAGUCACGAAAGCUAUUGUUGAAGAUGCUUUGCUACCAUUUCCUAUCAAAGAUGAGAUUGUCAAAAUACGCGAUGCGAUUGGCACAUGCGUUGCUUGGCCUAAAAACUUGAUUAUACCCCCCACAGUUGAGCAAAAGGAAGGAGUAAAGCGUAAAAUUGUGAAGAAGAGAAAUAGAGACAUAUAUGAUGAUGAUGAUCAUGAUGACCUUCAAAACCUGCCAGCCAAGUUGCCUUUACCCCUAAAGAUGUUGUGCCAAUGGGCCAACACAUUCUUAAAGGAUGGGUUCACCAUCCACACCACUUUGGGAGAAGAGCUUUUAGGCCAUCCAAAGAAGGUAGCUAUCUUUAGGAGGGAUGUGUAUGCCAUGACCAACAUGAAGGAGAUAUCGAACGGCUCAUUAGUGAUGUAUAUGAGCUACCUCUAUCAGGUUUUGAAGAAAACAAAGAUGCUGGAAAUGAUCGCCUUCAUAGACCCUGAUCACACUGGUGCACUUGCGUGUGGAAAUCCAACAGAACGAGCUCGUUCUCUAGCUGUUCGGUAUGGAAAUGGGAAGCCUGGCCAGGUUUUUCUAGUUCCAUAUAACUCAGGUUGUCAUUGGAUGUUGACGGUUGUGAACCCCGGUGAAGAAGUGGUGCACUUCAUGGAUCCAUUAAAGAGGCGACUCAUCACCGGUGAAUGGAAAACUAUUGUGGACGAUUCCAUCAGAAUAUACAAUGCACAGAAAAAUAAGAAAGGCAGAAAAAUAGUUCAAUGGAAAAAUUGUGCGGGCAUUCCGGAGCAAUUGGGCGAUAAAACUUGUGGACUGUGGAUUAUGCAUUACAUGAAAGACAUAGCGGAGGACAAAAAUCAACAGUGGAGUGCUAAGUGGGAAAGGAAAGCAAAUCACUUCUACACACAAAAAGACAUUGAUCAGGUCCGGGCCGAGUGGGCAAAGUAUGUCAGCCAAUUUCAGCAAAGCUAGUGUGUCGAGAAGAUUCUAAUUUUGGACAUGCAUCAUCUAUAACCCAUAUUAACUAGUUAUGCAGUUGGUCUAAGUAUCUAUUUUUGGCCUGCAAGUACAGUUUAUGAUCAGUAGCUAGUAUGAGAUAUCAGUGGUUUUUUGGGUUACAUUUGUUGAUCAUACCAACUGCUAUGGGUUAUUGAACUGAUGUUUAUUAAGUUUAGCUCCAUGAUGGAUGUAUGUAUAGCUCCAGGAACAGAUUGAUCAAAUAUUGGUAUUUUUG